UAGAGAGGAGCAGAGAGACGCGGUGCGGAUUCAGAGAGAGAGAUUCCUACGUGCGUGUUUCUCCGUCCACGAAGCUCUGGAUGGCUUGUUGACCGCGCGGAAGAACACUUAUUCCUAAUGUGCGCUCUUUGACGCGAUAAAGCGGAUAUUUUCACUCACUUUUACCCCGGAGUCACACAGAGAAGAGCUACAAGAUGAAAUACAAAAACCUGAUGGCCAAAGCGUUAUACGACAACAUGCCGGAGUCCCCCGAGGAGCUUGCCUUCCGCAAAGGGGACAUCCUCACCGUCAUCGAGCAGAACACGGGAGGCCUGGAGGGCUGGUGGCUCUGCUCUCUGCACGGCCGCCAAGGCAUCGCCCCUGGCAACCGCCUAAAGCUGCUGAUCGGACCCAUGUUCGAGGCCCAGUCGCCGGCCGCCGCUGCCCAGUCGCCCCCUCAGAGCUCGGCCUAUCAGCAGAAGGCUGGUUCAGCGGGGGCUCAGGGGAUCUACCAGGUGCCACCGUCCCUUCAGAGUCCACAACAGCAGAGUCAACAGAGCAUCUACCAAGUCCCCCCUGGACAAGACGUUUACCAAGUCCCACCAAGGAGUACUCUAGCUGCUGAUAACACCCCAAGCAAGGUGGUGACCCCGACCAGAGUGGGACAGUCCUACACCUUCAGCCCCGGCCAGCACAACCAGCAGGACCUCUAUGAUGUCCCACCCAGUAGAUCACAGGGGGUGUACGAUAUUCCUCCUGGUCAGAUGUUUCCCGGCGCCAGAAACCAGGGAGUUUAUGAUGUUCCUCCGUCUCAGAUGGACCCCAGGACGCAAGGCGUUUACGACAUACCUCCUUCCUCUCAAGGGGUCUACUCGGUGCCGCCCUGCAGGACUAACCCCGCCCUCCAGGAGGGGAACUACGACUUCCCACAGCCUCUCAAGCACAAGCAGGAGGGCAUCUACGACGUACCGCCCCCCCUCACCAAACCCACUCAGAAUCCCCAGUCGCAUUACGACUUCCCCGCCACAGAGCCCCCCGCCCAUCACAAACACCCGAACGUCAACGGCAAUGAAGGCAUUUACGACGUGCCUCCGCCCGCCCUUCAUUCGGGGGCGGGAUCACAGAGCGAUGUGUACGACAUCCCCCGGGGCAUGCAAGCGGCGCCGCCGCACAGGGCCUCGCCGGCGGACAGAGACGGAAGCAAAGGCAUCUACGACAUCCCCGCUCAGGACCCCCGCACCGUCGGUGACGUGACUGACGGUGUGAACCGCCUGUCCUUCUCCAGCACCGGCAGCACGCGCAGCAGCAUGUCCACCUCCUCGUCCUCCACGGGCUCCGGCUCCGAGGGACGCCUCGCUCUGGACGUGGAUGCGGCCGUGCAGCGGCUGUACCGCCUGCAGCAGGCCGUUGACGCCUCGGUCGGUGCUUUGCAUUCGAUGGCAGCCUCCCCUCACUGGAGGACUUUCCCCUUCAUGGAGCGCCACGCUAAUGACAUUCGUACGGUGCUAGACCGGGUCCGCGCUGCUCUCGGGGACUUCGUUGUGUUUGGCAGAGGGGCUGCGGCGAACGCCACGGCUCUGUCGGAAUCCAGCCUGCACAGUAAGCUGAGGCGGCAGCUUGGACGCCUGGAGGACUCGCAGCAGAUCCUCCUGCAGGUCUACCAGGUCCUGGAGAGCUGCAGCUGGGCCCUGAACGCGCUGGCGUCCGCCAGCAAGCACCACAACAAGAGCGACGACCUGGACCGCUUCGUCAUGGUGUCCAGGACGGUGCCUGACGACGCCAAGCAGCUGUCCUCCACGAUAAGCAGCAGCGCCGAGCUUCUGUUCAGGCGGACGCACCUGGACGGGACGUUCUCUCUCGGGAGCACGCCAGAGGAGAACGCCGUCCACCCGCUCACCUCACCCUCCUCUGACAACGACAACUACGGGGGACAGACCAAGCCCUUCCCCGUACCCUCCGGCCAGGACAAAGACAACAUGAACAACAGCGAGAAGUGUGUCAAAAGCUGGAUGGAGGACUACGAUUACGUACACCUGCAGGGCAAAGAAGACUUUGAGCGUCAGCAGAAGGAGCUGUUGGACAAAGAAAACAUUAUCAAGCAAAGUCAAGUCCAGCUGGGCCAGGAGCAGAUCAACCAGUUCAAGAAGUUGGAGCAGGACGUGAUCAAACCGGUGGAGAACGACGUCUCGCAGUGGAUCUCCCACCAGCACGCAGGCACGACCCCGCCCCCCCACCACCACCACCAUCACCUCAUCACCUCGGACUUGCCCUCCGCCCCCUCCGCCCAUGUGUGCGCCCGGGACCGCCAGCUGCUCGGCUUCUACUCCGAGCAGUGCGGACAGCACUUUGCCACACUCCUGGGUGCCGUGGACGCUUUCUUCGACUGCGUCGGUGCCGGGCAGCCCCCGCGCAUCUUCGUCGCGCACAGCAAGUUCGUCAUCCUGAGUGCCCACAAGCUGGUCUUCAUCGGGGACACGCUGUCCAGGCAGGCCUCGGCGCCCGAGGUGGCCAACCGCGUGAUGAACUCCAGCAAUGUGCUGUGUGACUUGUUGAAGACGGUGGUGGCGGCCACGAAAACGGCCGCCCUGAACUACCCAAACACGGCCGCCAUCCAGGAGAUGGUGGACAGAGUCACUGACCUUUCGCAUCACGCACAGCAGUUCAAAGAACAGUUGCUGCAACUGGCCAAUUUGUGACUUUCACCCAGGAGACAGACUCAAAAGUGUACAUUAAUGUAGUACAAAUAUAUAUUUACAAUAUAUAUAUAUAUUGCUCAUCUUUAAGUUUUGGAUGUUGUAAAUAGUGUCCGUUCUGUAAAUAUAUGCUCUAUUUUUGUGUAGAUUGUUUUAUAUUACGGUAUGAAUAUAUAUGUGUAGGUGCAGUAUUGGCGUCUCUGUAGGAUUAUGUAGACUUUUUUCGUAACAUUCCUGUCGCAUAUUACGAAGCACCUUAUGAGAUGUCCUGUGUUUUUUCAGUGUAGUGUUGUGUCUUACUGCUGAGUGUGACAGUAAAUCUCCUUGUAAAUCACGUUGAUGUCGAUGUACUGUGUGUGUGUGUGUGUGUGUGUAUGUGGAGCUCUCCACAGAGUAAAGGAUUGUUCUUAGCCACG